AUGCCAUCAUCUUCAGAUGCUGGAGUAUCGGACACUUUGGACCCUUUAGCGAUCGUGUCGGACGAUGAGAUUCUGCCAGAGAGUGAGGUGUACACGUCAGACACUACUAGCACGGAUGAGGAUGAUUUCCAGCCGUUUGCUCUUCCUGAUUUUGGAGAUGAUAUUCCUAUUGCUGAUGGCCCUUUAGGUGGGGACCUACCUCUUCUUCAGGUCCCUGCUCCUCUACCGCUUGCCGCAGUUCCUCUCGAGGAUCUGCCUCAUGAUGAGUUCACCGAUGAUGACGUCGAUUUGUUCUUAGAGGGUCCCCUGGAGGGUGACCAAGAUGGAGUGGCCCUCAUGGAUGCUGAUGUCCCUUUUGCUGAUGAUCCUGUUGUCGACCCUGUUGUUCCCUUGGCUGAGAUUCCUGCUGAUGUGCCCAUUGCUGAUCCCGUCAUUCCAGUCGAGGCUCCCAUUGAGGCGGCUCCUUUUGAUCUGUUUGGUGCUCACUCAUUCGAGUCUGUAGCGUCCGCUUCACCGCACGCCCAGGGCAUACAACUCUAUUCCUCUGAUUCCGACUCGGACAUGGCGAUGUCUGUCGCGCCUCUCGUUUUCCUCGACGUUGACCCAGAGCCAGAGGUCGAGUUUUUGCCUGAUGAGCCUGCUCCUGUUGGUCCGGAGCCGGUCGUUGCUUAUGACCCCAUUGAGGCCCCAGCUGAUGCACAUUUACCAGACCCUUUACCUGAGCCUGAUCAUGUCGAUAUACCAGACAUAGCACCACCUGUCAUUGUUGCGCCCGUCGAGUUGCCACCGAUUCCUGAUGCUCCUGUUAUUGAUGCACCCAUUAUUGCACCGGUAGUACCUGUUUCAGCCCCUGUGCAUGCUGACCAUGCACCGUUUGCUUCUCACAUUGAUCCUCGUUAUGCUGACACCCGUAACGGGUGGAUCGAGGAUGAUGACUACCCACCGUUUGUGCUUGUUGGACCGUGUUAUGACCCUAAGCAGUCAGUAAAAGGCAGUUCAUCUUCAUAUACAGAGGUGGAAUCAAAGUAA